GUGCUCCGACUUCUACUACGCUGUAAAGUGUAACUGAUUGUUGUAUUUACCAGUGUUUAUAUUGUUUCAUUUAUAAAAAUUUUGUUAAGAAAAGCGUGCGGUCUUAUCACGCAGAAUCAUUGCAGUGUCUGCCGUUGUUAUCUACCGAUCUGAUCCCAUUCAUGAUCAGAGAAAAUUGUAACAGGGAUUGAACAAUGACAAGUAUUUAUUAAAUCACUGUAUCAAAAGAAGGAUUUGUAAAAGAAAGAAAAGAACAGCGCAUUUUCUUGUGAUCACCGAUUUUUUUCUAUUAAAAUAACGAGCAUGGCAGAGAAAUGUACAAGUACAAACUUCGGAGUAGACCGUCCACCAGCAAAGAAAGUCAAGUUAGACGAAGAAAGCACAGACGUAGUUGAGAAGAAUUUAAGCGAGAUUGACACGAGUGAGACAGAGCUAGAUCUGUCGGAUUUCAAAGUAAUUAAGGUACUGCAGAAUAACUGUGCUCGAAAGUUAAUAUGCAUGGAGGGAACAUUCGAGAAUCGCGAGGGCCAGGCGGUUGUCCUGCUGGAGCAAAAGAGUUUCCCUCACGACAAGGUGGUCUUGAAGAAUGAUUUCUUCGAUGGGAAGACAAUUUUCCGAAAGGUCUUUACCAAUGAUGUCUACAGAAAUUACAAUUGCUUUCCAACUGAGGAAAAUAAUGGUCUACAUGUGACUGUGAUAUAUCCUGCUUCUCAGACACACAUUGAUAAAUAUAAGAGACAGGAGUUGUAUGUAAUAGAUGAAACCUAUGAACUUUAUCAACAAGUGACUCUCCCUUACAUUGAGUCGAUGAGUCUAAGUUUAGAGUGGAUUACUAAUAUUUUGGAACACAAAGCUGAACAAGAAAGUAUUAUUUACGAGGACUCUGACAAGGAUAAUGGUUUUGUAUUAGUGACAGAUUUCAAAUGGGAUGGACAAAUGGAUACAUUAAAGUUAUUGGCACUGCCAUUUAAAAAAAUAAAAUCAUUGCGAGAGUUGAAUGGAUCUCAUCUUUCUUUAUUGAAAAACAUACGAGAUGCUGGAACGGCAGCGAUUAGUAAAAAGUUUAACAUACCUACGUCUCAGCUCAGAAUAUAUUUCCAUUAUCAGCCAUCAUACUAUUAUUUACAUGUGCAUUUCUGCUAUCUUAUGUUCGAGGCACCAGGAAUAUAUGUGGAAAAAGCGCAUCUUUUAUCAACAGUUAUAAGAAAUUUGGAACUGAUGUCGGACUAUUAUACGAAAGCAGUACUUACGUAUGUCGUGUUUAAAGGAAGUCCACUUUACGAAAAGUUUAAAUCUCAUGGAGCUUUACAAACAUCAACGUGUGAAACACAAGAGACUGUAAUAUAGUGUAAAUAAGACUGCGUGUUUUACUUCAAAAAAGCGUAAAUUAUAUUUUACGUUUAUAUACAAUAUAAUAAGAAAUUGAUAUGUAUUUUAUUUACUACUUGAAAAUAAGAAAAGACAAUCACUAAACAUGCAGUGUUUUAAUCAGAAACAUUUUCUAUAGAAAUAGCGUAAUCUUAUACGUUGAAGAGCGUCUUGUUCGUCCUGAACGUCGAGGUGAAUGUUGUAUGUGAGUCCGCGAUAACAUUAAAGUUAUUUAGUCUAACCGAAA